GCUAAUGGUAUGCUAAUGAGGUGUUGGCUGGGAACACAGUCAUGUCUAUCCAGACUGUUUGGAGCUAAGAUGGAGGACUGGAGAAGGCGAACUGUGGAUAUGUACUGAGCACUAUAGCCCUUAGGAUUUCGUCCGUGUUCCCCUCCCCUCCCCCGUACAUAUGGAGGAACGUUUGGAAGCUGAACAUGCCUAGAAAAGGGAAUGGACAGCUACCGUUACCGGAUGGCUGGGAAGAGGCGAGGGAUUACGAUGGCAAAGUGUUUUACAUCGACCAUAACACCAAGCAGACCAGCUGGAUCGACCCCAGGGACAGGUUGACGAAGCCCUUGUCGUUUGCGGACUGCGUAGGCGAUGAGCUGCCAUGGGGCUGGGAGGCGGCUUACGAUCCACAGAUUGGGAUCUACUACAUUGACCACAUUAACAAAACGACCCAGCUGGAGGACCCCCGGAAGGAGUGGAGGAAGGAGCAGGAGCGGAUGCUGAAGGAGUACCUGACUGUGGCGCAGGAUGCCCUCAGCACGCAGAAGGAGCUGUACCAGGUGAAGGAGCAGAGGCUGGCGCUCGCCCUGGACGAGUACGUGCGCCUCAACGAUGCCUACAAGGAGAAGUCCAGCUCCAGGACCAGCUUAUUCUCAGGAUCUUCAUCAAGCACAAAAUACGACCCUGACAUACUAAAAGCUGAAAUAUCCACUACGAAAGUCAGAGUGAAUAAACUGAAGCGGGAACUCUCACAAAUGAAGCAAGAGCUUAUGUACAAAGAACAAGGCUUUGAAACCUUACAACAAAUUGACCAAAAAAUGUCUGGAGGCCAGAGUGGCUAUAAGCUUAAGGAGGCGAAAGCUAUUCUGAGUGAGCUCAAAUCCAUUCGGAAAGCAAUCAGCUCGGGAGAAAAAGAGAAACAGGACCUGAUGCAGAGCCUGGCCAGACUGAAGGAACGGUUCCACUCGGACCAGAGCAUGCGCCGAUCCGAGCCCGACCUGCGGGACACCUCCAGCUCCCAGCUCCUCCUGUCCCGGCACGUGCUGGACGCCGGCUCGCAGACCGACGUCUCGGGGGAGGCUGGUCUGAUGAGCAGAGCCACGCUGGCUGAGAAGGUCCGACUCAGUCUGCAGUACGAAGAAGCUAAAAGAAGGUUGAAAGUGCAGGAGAAGAGGAGGCUGCUGCUGCUGAAGCUGGAGGAGUCCACCAGGCUGGCGACUCGGCUGCAUUCGCAGCUGAAAAGCCUCUCCGCCAGCACGCUGUCUGUAUCCUCGGGAAGCAGCCUGGGUUCCCUGGCCUCCAGCCGGGGGUCUCUGAACACCUCCAGCCGGGGGUCCCUCAACUCCCUGAGCUCCACCGACCUCUACUACGGUCAGGCCGACCAGCCCGUGGACCUGGACUACCAGUACAAGCUGGACCUGCUGCUGCAGGAGAAGCCCGCCUACGCCCCCUCCGGGCCCAUCACCACCAUCCACGAGAACGAGGUGAUCAAGCCCCCCGCCGGCGCCCCCCGCUCGCCCGCCCGCGCCCCCGAGCCCCCCAAGUCGGUGGCGUCGCUGUCCUCCAGGUCCUCCCUGUCCUCGCUCUCGCCCCCCGGCUCCCCCCUGGUCUCCGACGGGCCCUCGCUCCCGUCCUCCCAGGACUCCCCCCCGCGGGACUUGGCCGCGGAGCUCGAGGACGGCGGCGUCGCCGGGGACCUCGCGGGCCCGAGCUUCUGUGAGGACCAGAUGCUGCUGGACUGCGAUGCAGCAGACAAGGAGGACGGCGACGGCGUCCACCCCCCCCUGACAGCCCUGCAGGAAGGAGUGAGGGAUGACGAUUUGCAAAAAAGGCCGACGGGUCGCCUACUUGAAGAGAAGACGGCGUGCGUCUCCGCCGCCGUGUCGGACGAGUCGGUCGCUGGAGACAGCGGCGUGUACGAGGCGUCAGUCAAGAGGUCUGUUGAAAUUGAAGAUGUGGCAUACAUUGAAGAUGACCCAGCUGCUGCUGCAGAGGCUUCUCAAGUCCAGAUUGGAUUUAAAUAUGAUGCCAGCAGCUCCAGUUUUGUAAUAAUUGUGUUGCAGCUCCGAAACCAGGCUGCUCUUCUGCUGCCACAUGGUACAAAAGUGUACGUCAGGGCCGCCUUACUUCCGUCUUCAAGUGAAAUAAGCUGCUUGUUCCGCACUAAGGUCCACUCUUUCGCUGACGGCAUCGCGUUUAACGAAAUCUUCAGAGCCACCGUGCCUCAGCUUAUUCUCCGGCAAAAGACCCUGAGAAUCGACGUGUGCACUGUUGGCAAAGCACGCCAUGAGGAGCGUCUGGCAGGAACACAGAUCAGUUUGGCGGACGUCCCGCUGAGUGGCGAGAUCUCCACUCACUGGUAUAAUCUACUGAUUUGUAAGAAAACCAGCCAUCAGAAGAGCCAGGAUGAAAAUGAAGAAACGUCAUUUUCGCCUCCUGAUCAGCGCCCCAGCAUUAUUGUGGAUUUGGACGCCGUGUCGGCCUUGCUCGAGAAGACCUCGGCUGAGCUGGAGGCUGUCGAGCAGGAGCUUGAGCAAGAGGAACAGGAAGGCCAGCUGGCGCCAGGAGAGGAAUGGCUGGAGAUCCUGGUCGAGGACGGUGAUGAGCUGGAGGCGGGGGAGGAGCUGGCGGAGGAAGACGAGGACCGCGCUGGCUGCGUCCACCCGUGCCAGGGGAGGGAAGGAGAAGACGGCGACGAGGCGACGCCGCCGCCACGGGGUCAGGGGAGCAACGGCGCAGAAAGCGGCUCUUGGAGGGCCGCGGGACCAACGCUGGUUGACAAAGAGACGAACACAGAGGAUUCUGCUCCUGAGAAUGUGGCUGUCAGACCCAAAGACAGGAAUAACCUCAGCUGCAGGCAGAGGCCCUUUGUGCGGAAUAGCAUGAUUGUGCGAUCGCAGACCUUCUCACCUGGAGAACGCAACCAGUACAUCUGCAGGUUGAACCGUAGUGACAGCGACAGCUCCACGUUGGCCAAAAGGUCGCCUUUCGUCCGGAAUGCUUCCGAAAGGCGCAGCCUGCGAGCGAAGAGGACCUUCUGCCAGCCGGUGGUUCGCCGCGCGGCCCAGGACCAGCCCGGGCGCACCUCCCUGGACCUGGAGCUGGACCUGCAGGCCUCGCGCGCCCUGCACAGCCGCCUGGACGACGAGCUGCAGGCGCUGCGGGGCCUGCAGGAGAGGCUGGAGGCCCUGAGGGCGCAGGGGGAGACGGAGCUGCCGCCGUACAUGCUGGAGGACGAGCGCUUCCACAGGCUGCUGAGGCAGGCUGAGCAAUCAAAAGAAGAACUAAAGCAGGGGCUGAAAGCAGAGAAGCUGAUGAGAAAAGCCUCGAAGGACGUGUGCAGGCUCCGAGAGCAGUCUCAGAAAGUCCCCCUCCAGGUGCAGUCGUUCAGGGAGAAGAUGGCCUAUUUCACGAGAGCAAAGAUAAAUAUACCAACUCUACCAGCUGAUGAUGUAUGAUUGUUUUAUAGAAAACAAUGAAGUAUUUUUCCAGCUCAACUUUAUAGCUGAAUAUUUUGAUAGAGUAGCUAUGUGGAUUAAAAUAUAUAUUUUAAAUAGUUAAAUACCAUAGCGAUAAUGUAUUUGUAUAAUAAGUUGUAAUUGAAUACCAUUAUGUAAAAAAUGGGUUUCUUUUUUCAGAGAAAACCAAAGUAGAGUAAUUCUGACAUUUAUGGCUAAUAAUGUUUGUACAGUUUGUAUGUAUACCUGACAUGGGUUUAUUUUGUAAAGUUGGGUUACACGAACGAUGUGCAGGGCAGAUUAUGCCUUCUGUUGAACAGCACUGCUUUCAGAAAUAAUAUUCCGUUUGACAGAAUGGUGUUCUGUUGUCUUCACCGUUUUCCUGUGUGUAGAUUGUGAAACCGGGCCAGUGGCCACACAGUGUUGUCGACUGAGGGUGUGCGUCUCAGUGUUAAGUACAAUAUCAGCAAGCACUUCCUGUUGUAGUUCCCGCCCUUCCUGUCCUUCAGACUUGGUGCUCAGCUGUUCAGCGUCAUCUUAAAGGCCUUUCCAGUCCAAGUGCAGAAACCGUGUUUCGAACAAAAAGCAAAUGUUGUGAAUGUAUAGUGUUAUUUUCUGUUUUUUUUUUGUUACUGCACUGAUUUGCAUUUCCAUUGAUCUUUUUUGUCUUUUUUUUUUUAAAUUAUGUUCUGCACCUUUAAUAAGCCCCCACUGUGUAUCUAUCGUUCGGGAUGGGGGUUCGAUUUCCUGUUCUAUAGCGGCAGACACAGCGCCAGUAAAAACGGAAAAGCCUUCUUCCAUGACCCGCGAUGUUACCGCGCUUUUUAAAAAAAUCAUUCGCUGCCUUUGUUCAUGUCUAUGUCUUUAAAACGAAAAAACCUUAAGUAAUUAAAUAAACCUAAAAUAAACAUCAUACCCUUGUGAAAUGAAGGAUUUCAGUUUUGCAGUGGUUUAGUUUAACAUAAUAGCACAGCGUAAUGAGUGAGUUUUUUUAUCAAACCCAUUUAUUCUGCAUAUAUAUGUGUAUGUAAUGUUGUUUUUUCUAUAAAACCAGCAAGUACCUUCAUGGUGUGCUGGAACUCCAGCCUUGAGAACAAAAGUCCAAACAGUUCUUGUCAAUUUUUCAUUACUAUCCCAGUCUUUUGCUAACUUAAUAGGCUGACAUUUUUAUUCCCCUUUUCAGUUACACUCGUGUAUGAGGCUGGGUAUUCUCCUGGAGGAAUCUCAGGGAGGCACCUUGCUCAAGGGUGCAAAAGCUGUGCCCCAUACUCACCUGAGAUUUAAACCCACAGCCUCCCAAUUAUGAGCCCAGAUCUCUAGCCACUAUUUCUCACUGCUGUCAGGACACUGCUGCAGCAGAUCUGUUGUGUACGCUUGGCUCUGCAGAUUGAGGGAAAUGCACACAUGAUGUUCUACUUGUCAUUAUAAAUAGUUCUUUUCAGAACCAGUAUACAUUGGUUAAAUGUUUUUUUUUUUAUCAAGAACAGUUAACCGAGGUUGAGGCAUCCACUUAUGAUCUUAACUGCUGUUGUUUUACAUACCUGGCAAGUACUGUUUAUGUUUUAUUCAGCUGAAUAGGUCGUUGAAUGCUGUGGAGCAAAAUUAUUAUUAUUUUUUUUAAAAGAACAAAACAUAUCUAAAACUUUCAAUCAGAAAGUGUAGGAAUUCUGUAAGUGGCCUUUGUCUAAUAUCAGUGUAAAAAAAUUAAUGAACUUGAACUAUUUGUAAGAACUACAGUGUGCGGACUUAGUGAUCUCUACAUUUGAAUCUCCCAUUUAGGAGUUACCAUGCAGGAGUCUAGUAUGGUCAACAUGUCGCAGACAAUUGUCGCAGACAUUGAUCAUUGCAGGGCAAAAUGCAGAACUACUACAAUCCAUUAAAUUCCACAUUCAGCACAUUUUAUCAGGGAGCAUCCUCUUGAGAGUGUGUAAAGUUAAGCAUUGGCUUAGUUCAAUAAUCUUUACCAUUUGCAAAUGAUCAAGUGUAAGUUAAUUCCACACUUAAAAGUAUAAGGAAAUAAAAACAAGGAUUUUGGCUGUGGAGCCUUCUUCAGAUGUGCGAUUCAAAUGAAAUGAAGGUUGCUGUUUAAGCUUGCCAGACAGCAUGAGUUGUAAAAUGUAUGUAGAGAUAUUUUGGUAGAACUGUUCCUUUUGAUUUAUUUUCCAUUUAUUUAUUUACUGUAUUUAUGUUCAGUUAUGUACAGUUCAGUUCUGGACAUUUAAAAGUUAUUGUAUUAACAGUAGAGAGAGCUACAGCCUCCAUAUUUUGAAAUCCUAAAUCAUAACAUUGAAAGUAUUAGUGGCGCACAGAAUUGUGUAUAUCUCCCAUUAUAGUAUUCCAGCCUUGUUUUUGUUAAAUAUUAUAGCCUUGACAUGCAUUAUUUUUCAGCUUUCAUCACUAAAGAGCUUAUUUUACAAUUGAAUUUUAUAUGCAUGAAAAUGUUUUCAUGAGCUGACCACUGCAAAAGUGUAAUUGAUGUCAGUAGUUAUGAUUAAAGGUUGUAUAUCUACAUCAGACAUAAAUGCCAACAGAAGUUUCAGUUUUUGUAACUAUUUUGUACAUGCAUGAAUUUAACAUAUUUUUAGGAGAAUCACAGUUUUACUACUUUUUAGAACAUGUUGAAAUUGUUGCACCUAAUCAUGUUGUAACAGGAUAAAAGCCUGGGUAUAAUUUAACCCAAAAGAAAAGCUCGACCUUGUAUGGUUAAAAUGUUUCUUACAUGGUUUGCAAGGUUUUCAAAUAACGGAAUAUGAAAUGCUCAGAACUGAACUAGGUUAUGAAACGUAAUGUCAGCAUGUAUGUUUGUGGUCCAGUUUUGUUGCAGUCUGGAAUGUGCUGUACAAAUGUUAGAACACAAUGUUUAUCCUCUUCUCUGCACUUUUCAUGUGUUCCAGUGAUUGGUAAAAAAUAUAUACCAUUUUUAAACAAA